GUACUCCGUACAUGAAUCAUAAUGCUUUUUUGCAAAAUAAAACGAAACGCCCCACGCUAUGCACCGAAUAAAACCGCAGUGAAACAAUAUAACCCACUACCAAAUCAGUCAAAGGUCCUAUAGAAAGCCGAAAAUCUUAAAACAAACCAAAAAAAAGGCAGCCUCGGCUCCCCCAACAAAUCAGCGCUUCGCGCCUUUCUUCUUCGCCUGUUUAUUAUUAGAUUUAGUAGCAGGCACAGGCUGCGCGUGAUUUAGCUCCUUGAUAUGGUUAAAUAGUUUGGUUUUGGAAGUGAACGAGCUGUGACAUUUUGCGCAUGUAAACGUCUUGCCCUGCCUCCCUUCUUCUUCAGCUGCAGCCGCCGCCGCAGCGGCGCGUUUGGCGCGCUUUAACUUUGCUUUGCCUACUUUUGCUUGCUUCGGCUCGUCGUCGUUGUCAUCAUCAUUAUUACUAGUACCCAUGGGCGUGGCUGAGAUGGAGGUUUUCGAUAUGUCUUCUGUUAGCAUGGUUAGGCUGGCGUUCUCACUAGUUGUAUCUGUGGCGAAGCGGUUUUCGAGAACGGCUCGCGGCGCGUAAUCUUCGUUUGUAUCGCUGGUGUCGUUAUCGUCAUCUGCUUCCUCUGGUCCUUGAAUUUGCGUUUCGGCUUCGGCUUGGUUUAUGUUUGAUUCUGAUAAAUCGCUGUGGUGGUCCGAUAUGGAAUCUGGAUCGUCUUCGUGAGUUGGUUUAGUAGUAUGUUCUAGCUCAUCUUCCGCGUCUGAGGGAAUGGGCUCGUCAUUUUCCUGGGUGGUAGUGGCGCCGGACGAGGAUCUUUGGGUGGAAUCCUGAACUGAACCAGAACUGCUAGUGCCCGUUCUCGUUUCCGUGCUUAGUUGCUGAAUGUGUUUAUCCUCCGCUCUCAUCUCCCAACGAAGCUGCUUGACAGCUUUGAUGUGCUUCUUACUCCGCUCAUGCGCGUCGAACUGUUUCUCACUCUUAAAGUUUUUUCGACAGACGACACACUCGAAAUAGUCUUGUUCAAUCACAGAUUCACUACUGCUGCUGAACAUUUCUUCCUCUGUCUCUUCACUCCGUGCCCAUUCUGGGAUCUGUUGGUUGUGCAACUUCGCUUCAUUUGCUGCUCGCGAGCGCGCCGCCUGCGCCGCCGCAGCAUCCCGGAGAGAUUUCUGCCGCUCCGCCUCAUUCUGCACGGUGGCUUUGAAACGGGGAUCUCGCUUCUUCACGAAGGCAACGAGAGACCGGACAGCGUCGUUGAAUUCUCUAAUACCCUCGUCUCUCAGUCGUUUGUUCUCUUUCUCCAUCAGCCUCCGGACCCUUCUAUCGGGUGCUUCCGAGUAGCGAUAGACAUCCUUCCACGAGAACGAUUUCUUUGUCGCAAACCCGCUCCAUAUCGAGUAAAACGGGCGGAUGCUGUCAUAAUCGUCAUCUUUGUGGCCGAAUGAGGGGUAGUCGACGGGUUCCAAGUCACCCCAUUGGCACGCCAGUGCCUCUUCUUCCGCCAGUUGCUCAAAAGUUUCCCGCAGCCCGCCAAAGAAGCCAGACGGCGCAUCUGAGAAAUCCAUACGGGGGUUGAAUUUCAUGAUGAGCUGCGUUAUAUCGUCUGCGGUUGUCAUUUUGAUAUUAUGGGAAUACUGCGCAGCCGCGGGGCCAUUGUGGCCCGCCAAAAUGGCGUCCCGAUGGGAGUCAUACCAGGCACGCUCCUGGGGGUCCGAUAGGACUUCGUAGGCGGCCUGGAUCUCAGCGAAGAUGGCGGUGGAAGCCUCUACAUUACCAUAGUUUCUGUCUGGGUGGUGUUCUAGUGCCUUUUUCUUAUAAGCCUUUUUGAUCCUGUGCGGGGAGAAGGGGAUAAAAUCAAAUUAGUCUCAGGUUUCACCACCGCAUUUCCUAAUACUCUCGUGCUACGCUGGGAUCGGCUACCAGCAUAGCACAUAAGAUAGGGCAUUUAAAAAUCAAAUCAAAACCAAACUGGGGGAUGAGGCGCACUCCUCUUCUGUAGCGGUUCUUCCCAAACCCAGCAGCUCGUAGUAAUCCGUCUUCCUUUCCUCAUUAGCUGGGGCGCCACUGUUCCCCCCCGCAGUGGAGGACUGGCUCUGGCCCAUGGACUCCUCUUUGUCGAUAGCAGCACAGACAAUGUGCUGGAGAGAAGGAAAAUGAUUGGCGCGGUGAUUUUGUGAAAUCCCUUGGAGGUCCUGAGCUUAACAACGAGGACCGCCAAACGAUCAAAAUAUUAAGCUUUUGUCCACAAUGCGACGGCUUAGUCAUCGAUUGAAUGCGGAGCGGGCCAAGACCCGACGUCAUUGCGUACGGAGGGGUGGUAUGGUAUGGUAUGGAACUGGUUCGAGAUGGUAAGAAAAGCGCUUGUUAGUGGUAUUUUUCGGUGUCAUUCGGGUAUUACGGUCGGAAGACAGCACGUGGCGCCCUCUGGGUUUGAAUGCUUGGCAGGCUUGGCAUCUGGCCACGGGGGAUCCAAAAAAAACCCUGGAAGUUGCUGUCAAAAGUCAUUCAUCUGUCUGUGUACUGUGUAUACAUGCAUGUAUAUAUAACUUCCAUCUAUUUCGUCGAUUUGCCCGCCAUCUGCCCCUGGGACCCUCUACAAACCACCCUCCGAGGCUGCUAUAAACGAAAUAUCCUCAAGCUACUGCAAUGUAUAUUUGCUCUCGACCGGUUCUCUCCUACAUCUCCAAGAUAUCGGGCCGCGCUCCUGUUCUCCACGCCUCUGAAAUGCGACAUCCUUGAUGGUGGUGGUUAUCCCUAUACAAAUAGGUUAUUGCGAAAAAGAUAAAUACUUCUCUCUUUGCUUCAUCAUCAUCAUCAUCUUCUUUUGCUGCGCAUAGGAAUACCCUGUUGGAGUUGGUUAAAUAGUACCUACUAUCCGUUUAAACGACUCCAGUAAUGAAGUUUGCGCGUGACUACACACAGAUCCUCAACGCUGAGGAUUACCCUGCCCAGUGGGUUCAGUCUGCAAUCUCCUAUAAGCGCCUCAAGAAAUGCAUCAAAAAGGUGUGUACGGAGCUGCUAUCCCUGGGAUUACGCCCGGAAAUCCUGAACCUGCUCUGGCAUCAAAGCCAAGCGGCCAAGGCGCGAGGGUAUGAUGGUGCUGGCGAUGAUAGCCGGCCUUUUGGCUUCCAGUAUUCCCUGAGCAAAAACCCUUUCACCUCGUUUUGGCUGCCGAAAUUGACCUUCGUAAUCGACCCCAUGGAUGGCUCCCCGAUUGAUGCUUUCGUCUCUCCUCGAACCCUCGAGUUUCUUCAGCAACUGAACAAAAUUCCCCUUCCGAUACCUGCGGCUACUUUGGCUAGACUGGACUCUGAGUUGGGAUCUUUCACUGACGACGGCUGCCUGGAAGUGGUUGCCGAUGGGGAAUUAAGUCUUGCCAAACGGAGGAUAUCCCUCGAGAGCGUAGAUGAAAACGCCGAAACAGCGCAUUCCGUCGAGAUACCGCUCUCCGCCGACUCCGAAUUUUUCCAAAUCCUGAACAAAGAGUUAUCAGGCCUGGACAAGCUCCAAGAACGAGAACAGAUCGUACUGAAUGAACGGGCCAAAAACUUGCGCCAGCAAAUUGUUAAGAUAACGAAACCUCAAUUCAGAAGAUCGCAGUCCGCUCUAUAUACUUGGAGAGAGAUAUUUCGACUGUAUAUAGAUAUGCAAGUGUUUUUCUGUACCGAUGAGCAAGGUUCGGGCCAGAGAGACUCCAAAGCCGCCAGCCAGCAGCUGGAAAAAUUUCAAGCUACCUUGACGAAGGACCGGCGGAUAAAAAAGCUUGGAAAGGAGGGUCGUGCUGCGCUUGAGACGUUCCUGUGCAUCAACAACGCACUGCUGCAAAACCUGAAGUUCCAAGAGAUCAAUCGCACCGCGCUCUACAAGAUCUUGAAAAAGUUUGACAAGCGCACCGCUCUCCCUGCCGGGACAAUUUUUCCAGAACUCAUGGUGGUUGAGGCGUUUUUGGCCGAAACAAUGGCCAAAGCCGUCUGUUACACGAUUUCCGAAGAAGUCCUUACUGUCAUACCUCAGUUGGACGACUAUCUGUGUCCUAUCUGUUUUAAUAUUUCGUUUAAACCCGUGCGACUGCGGUGUAACCAUGUUUUCUGCAUCCGUUGCUUGGUUGUUAUGCAAAGGGCUAAACAGGACAAAUGUGCCCUUUGUCGAGAGGAGGUUGUAUUGUCAGCUACAGGCGCAAAUCUGGACAUGGAACUUCUUGCAUUCCUUGCGGCCAGUUUCCCAAAGGAGACGAAGGCCAAGCAAAAGGAAAACGAGAGAGCCGCGAUGGUUGAUCUUUAUGGUAAUUCUUACGAUUCUUGCUCUGUGAUGUAGCGUGCUAUGUAUUUCGAUCUGCCUAGUUUUGUUAAUUUUUUAUUUUAGCGACGGUCUUUAAUCACAAUUAAUACGACCUGACAUGAUAGCACGAGGAACGAGUUGUCCACUAACUUCCAGGAUUAUCUCCCUGUUCCCGGGGAAAAGGCAAGACCCCGUCGUGUCCAUGAACUUGGGGGAGUCAAGCCUAGGGAACUUUUUCGCUUCGUUGCUUGCUGGGUAUGACUUCUGUUGUGCUACCAGGACGAAGCCAGCUAGGAGGGCUGGCGGCUGUGAUCACAUUGCUCUGAACAGCGUUUACAACUUUGCUACAAGGGCAGUUGAACCCAAGUAUAUUCCUCUUCAUCCGCAGAUGAUUUUUAAGUGGAAUGGUGGAUGGGAUGGGAACUGUGAAUGACGAUAUCAUGUAUAUAAUACCCCGAUUGAUGUCUAUAUUGUUUAUAGCUGUAUGUAACUUGCAUAAUUAAUCAUUUAAAAGCCAAACUUCAGCCUCAA